AUGGAAGUGAUAGAGGAGCUUGCAUCUAAUGACGAAGGAUGGAGCAACGACAGGAGUAAGGUGCAUAGGGUGGCUUCUACUACAGAUCAUGAUCCUAUGAGCUCCCUAUCCGACAAGUUGGAUGCGCUGACCAUGAAAUUCGACUGCAUAGCAAUGGGGCAACCAUCUCAAGAACCCCAAGGAAAAAUGGGGGACGUGAACUAUGUGAAUCAAGGGGACAACAACCGGUACUUCAAUAAUCACCGCGCCAACUUUCAGGGUGGAGGAUAUAAUCAGUUCGGGAACAAAUGGCAUCCCAAUCUAUCUUAUGGAAACCCAAAUAAUGCUCUGCAACCACCCCCGGGGUUCACAGUUACUGAUGGAGUGGUUAAUGAUCCGAAGAAGAUGACCACGGAAGACAUACUCAAGUCUUUCAUGCUACAGUCCAACAAGCUCAUGGAGCAGAACAAUCAAAGGAUUGAGAAGGUUGAGACAGAUGUGCAAAGUAUGGCCACUCAUCUGAAGAACAUAGACACACAGAUCAGCCAGAUUUCCAAUACUCUGAGUACUAUUACUCAACCGGGAAAAUUCCCUUCGAACACCAUCAUAAAUCCCAAAGAAUGCAAAGCUGUGCAUCUAAGGAGUGGCACUGUCUAUGAAGCUCCCUCACUGCCUGCGACCACAUCUGAUACCGUUCUUGAGCCCAAGGCUGCCGUGGCAGAGAAGGAAAAGGAGGCUGAAAAGGAGAAUACUGGCACCACUUCUGGAGUAAAGGUGCCAUUCCCACAGGUACUGAAUCAGAAGAAGAAGAAGAAGAAGAAAGAUGAGCAGUUCACUCGAUUUCUGGACAUCUUCAGAAAGGUGCAUGUGAACAUUCCUUUGAUCGAGGCACUGCUGCAGAUGCCUAAGUACGCUAAGUUUCUGAAGGAGGUGAUAGCCCAGAAGACCAGUUGGGGGCAGGUUGACACUAUUAACCUAACUGAAAAUUGUAGUGCUCUGCUGCAAAGGAAAUUGCCUGCCAAGCUGAAGGACCCUGGAAGUUUCACUGUCGACUGCCUCAUUGGGGGCUAUAAAGUGGAGAAUGCUCUCUGCGAUCUAGGCGCGAGCAUCAAUCUAAUGCCACUAUCGGUGUUCAAGCAACUGAACAUCGGUACUUUGAAGCCCACCUCAGCCACACUACAGAUGGCAGACAGAUUUGUCGCGUAUCCAGAGGGCAUCGUGGAAGACCUACUGAUUAAGGUUGGGGAAUUUAUUUUUCCUGUCGACUUUAUGGUCUUGGACAUGGAAGAAGACAAGGGAGUCCCCCUACUGCUAGGACGUCCCUUUCUUGCCACUGCUGAGGCAAAUAUAAACGUGAAAAGGGGAGAGUUGACAAUCUUCAUGGGAGAAGAAAGUCAAACGUUUUCCCACAAACCGAGAAGCAUGGAUGGAAGCACUGAGGUGUGCAAGGUGGUGCGUCUGAAGCACCAAGUGACUACUGAAGAAGGAGGAUCGAGUGCAGUCAGAAAAGUGAAGCAGAAGGACUUUUAUGAGCCUCACAUGGAGAUGAUGGCUUCCACUGACUCGGAGCCAUUAGCAUGGAUCGAUGCAGACCAUAGUCGCUCUUCACCGGUGCACGCGGUGAUCACUACUGAACCCCCUAGGAUGGGGGGUAAAAUACCAACUACUGUCAAGGGAAGAAAGAUAACUGCUCCAACACUGAAGGAGCCUAUCCCGAGAGAGCCUGAAAAGUGGUGGCUCACCAAGACUUGGAACGAUCUAUUUCCUCAUGGAGGAGGAGCCAAACGAUCACCUGGAGGCAACUCUAGGAUGAAAGGGGAUCUCGGUUGA